AUAAGAUCUCCAACAACAUGCUGAUUGAUGUAGGCUCAUCUGGGCCGCGAUCUGCAUCUUUUUUUUUCUUGGGUGUGUCCUACCGAAGUGAACUUAAUUUCGGACUCGCUAUUAAGCAAGCUCUUUGGAUGACGUACAGGUGUGGAUUUCCGAGGAUGAGGCCUUACCUUCAUACUGAUGACACCGGUUGGGGCUGCAUGCUGCGCUCAGCGCAGAUGCUAAUGGCGAAUGCCUUGUUGCGGCAUCUAGCCCUUGACGCGAUGCCCUGGCAUCAGAUCCAGCAGAGGGUCCUGCAGUGGUUUGUAGAUUCAACAGGUGUCGAAGCUGUUUAUUCAAUUCACAACCUAACAAGGUGUGGUCAGCUUUAUGACAUACUCCCCGGGGAGUGGUAUGGACCUGGCAUUGCUGCGUGCAUUCUCCGUGACUUGUGCGAAUGUCACCGACACAAACUUGGUGGUCCAGCGAUAAAACUGGUAGUAACUCCGGCUGGGAAGCUCCUCUGCAUUGAAACAAUCCUUGACAAAAUGACGAGAUAUACUUUGGAUCACGAUCACGCUGCCAAGACCCAACCCUUCACCAAACCUUCUAAUAAUGGCCUCAAUCACGACCCAUUGGUGAAGCCCCAGCCCCGGAUCCUCAGUCCUGCACACGAACAGUGCAGUCCAGCAUCUGUUCGGCGCUUAGCUUAUGAUAAACGCUUAGAGUUGCCUUGGGAGGCUGCACUCGUUAUAUUCAUGCCGCUGCGCCUCGGUUUGGAAGAGCUAGAGACUGAGUACAUCCCGGAGCUUCUAUAUGCUAUUCGCCUCCGUCAAUCACUAGGCCUAAUUGGCGGCCAACCACGUCGAGCAUUAUUCUUCCCUGGCAUGUACCAGUUAAACUGCACACCGCACCUAGUUGGCUUUGACCCGCACACAGUGCAGCCUGCACUGCUUACCGAAGAUUGUUCUGAUUUACCUGUCGAUAGCAUAUGUUGCAACGCCCCCACCUAUGUGAAUCCCGAUGGUCUUGACCCGUCUCUUGCUCUUGGGUUUUACUGUUGCGGCCGUGAUGACUUCCUCAGCUUCUGCAAUGAAAUGAGGAGACUACCUAGAAAUGGAAGAAAGCAAAUGCUGCUUAAUAUCACCGAGGCACAUGGGGACGCGCCUGAGACUGAUUUAGGUACGAUUGACCGCCCCUUUAGCUACCCUUGCCACGGCGAAGGCACGAGAGGAGACGAAUGGGAAGUUAUCUAAGACCCAGGAACUUGGGGGUUUACUGAACUACGACCUCUGGGCCCUAGGUAAGCUUCCAUGUGGUUGAGCUAGCACAUCAUGUUCUAAGAACAGGUGCACUCGUCAGAGUCCACGGAGAGGACACGGAAAUUCUUUUAGAACAUCGCCGCGCU